AUUCAACUCAAGGAUCCAUGUAUCCUGACACUUUAUUUCACUUUUGAUAAAAGCAUUAAUUCUUUGUAUAUUUUUCAGAAUUAAAUACGAAACUAUUGAACUGAUAAUUUAAAUUUCAUUCUAUGUAUUAAAACGCACAAUUACAUUUACAUUUCAAUAAUAUUAAAGACACUUUCAUGAGAUAUUUUCAAUCGACAAGCUGUUUAAAAGAAUCUUUAUCCGGUUGGGUGGCUUGAGUGAGUCCCAAAAAGCCAUGUGCAUCUGUUGUAUGUUUAAAUUGUAUCCGUCUUGUCGGUUUUAUAGCCACAAAUAAAUAAUAGUAGAAAACUUGUUUACCAUAAAAGUUUGCAGCACGUUCAAAUGGGAGAAUAAUCAGCAAGUGUCGCCAUAAACUUCGCUGCAGUUCCUCCUCUGGCUCCUCCUCCUUCUUCUCCUCCUGCGCACAGACAUCGCCAGCACGCAGACACUCGCACUCACACACAUACACUGGCAGACAAACUGGGAGGAAACCCACACACACACACACACACGUACACAGGCGCAGAUGAACAAACAGUUUCCGGCCACAACAUUUACGCGCAUUUUCAUUGCGAUUUCGCUGCUGGUUUCGGCUGCCUUUUGGUAUUUACACGUAAUUUGCACAGCAUUUUUCAAUUUUAUGUGCUCGGAAAUGGUAUGACGUCGUUAUUUAUGCUCUGCCUUUUGUGCCGGGCAUUUCCCUUCAUUUUUCCGCCUCCCUUUGCCUCCCUUUGCUAUCCUUGCCGCUUUGAUGUUGGCCAUAAAGUGACGAAAGCAGCUGCGAAAAUUGAAACUGAUGCAGGCAGAGCCAAAAUGCUGACACAGAUUUACUUGCAAUUUGCCUGCCAUUUUCCCGAUGCUAUUCCAAGUUUUUUGUGGUGACUGGCGUUAAUGGAAUUUUAAAUUCCAUACCGUAAAUGGGGGAAAAAGUUACCCGGCAGCUGACAUCGGGGAUACCCAGGGAUUUGAUUGGUAUUUACUGCGUGAUAGAUCGAUAGGCCCUCGUCCAGCUCCCAUCCACCGCCAAUAGCUCCUAGUUCCUAGUUUCCCUGCCCAUCAAUCGCAUAUCUCUGACGGUCCCUUAUCAAAAUCAAAACGAAAGCUACACCCGUUUUUAUCAUUUAUCUGGACUGACAGCUCGGACACAUGAUGGCUGGCUGUUCGCAGCGGAGUAGAAAUUUUCAAAGAAGUUGUCAUGUGAUUGUUAGUCAUAAAAUAAAUAGUGGAGCUGUAGGUGUUAGGACACCUUCUUGACCUCAAAAAGCGCUUCAAGGACGAUUCGAUCUGUAAAUUAAAUGUUAAAGGUUUGGCUCUACUCCGUCUUUAAAUACGUAUAAAGAUUAUUGCCUCGAAUUUUCAAAUACCUAACGUUGUUUAUGUCGUAAAAAGCUUUUUAUAUAUACACAUAAAUAUCUAACUAGACGUUCUGUACCAAUGUAAAGCUAAAGUGGGUAGCAAUUCAUAAAAUAAAUCACAUUAUCUAUUAACAUGAAAUGCCCAUCCAUCUAGACUAAUGAUCAGCAUUCGAGCACACCCCCCGACACCCAGUAAACAUCGGUUGACGGAGUCAUGUUGUGACUGUCAUCGCUGGCAGAUUUAAUAACCAAACUAGACAUUGUCUAAACGAAUGUCAUAAAUUAGGAACAGCGCUUUCAUUUCCAUUUAAAUGUGGGCUGAGUGAAUGGAAGCCACACAGCAUAACUAACAAUUAAGAUAACAUUUGCCUGGUUAAGCCAACUCAACCCACUGAAACUAAAUUAGAGUUGAACUGCCGGGGGAAUUUCAGUUUGGGGCAAAUAGCUAGACACAACUACGUGCCAAGCACCAACUUGCUGGGGAAAAUCAAGAACUUACGACCCGCUUAAACGCACAGCCAAAUAAAACUAAAAGGCUGGGAAAUACAUACAUAUGAAUACUGUACUCGUAUAGCAGCAAAUUUAUGCACACGUUAAGCAGCUCAUAACGGGCAACUUAAAAGCCAACUAAAGAUUCACAAUGGAUGGGAAACGGGAAAUGGCGACACUUCCUCCCACGAGGACCACUCAAGUGGGCCAUGAAAACGGAAUUCAUUUAAAUUUAUGAAGCGUGGAAAUUCAUUUGGAGCACAGGUUUAAGUACGUGUCACUAGGCCAACAUGUUCGUUCCCCUCGCUAUUUGAUAAAGCAGUAAAUCAAGUCCGCGGAGAAUAUCUAUGUGGUCAUCAAACUUGGGUCAAAACUAAACCACAAAGGAUCUCUAAAAGAAACACAAGGUGGAAAAAAUAUAUAGGUAUACACUAUUUCAAUGACCACAAUGGUAAAGAUAAACUCCAUUUUUCUGAGUGCAGCAUUGCGGUUUGUACUGCAUUUCUUUGGCUGAUUAACUUUGUUUUUGCCGAGCACUUAGCGGCAAGUUGCGUGUUUGUUUGCCGCAGUCCAAAAUGCAGUAAUGUUGCAUGCAGCGGGAAAUGGUCGGGGGUUAGACAGUUUGGUCUGUGGCAGGGUCAUCUCACAUAGGCAAGCCCCACUGCAUGACAACUGCGGUGACCGGUGUCCUGGGCGCUGGGAAAUGGGAAAUGGAGGCGGCUUAGACACAUGUAAAUCACACCAAGUCCCCCGAGCUCUCCUGCCAGUUGAAGCCACAAAAAUGAAAGCCUUUCAAAUGCGGAUGCACCUGGGCUUGGGAUUUAGCCAGCUGCACAAGGAAUUCCAACCAAAUUUAUGGUUCACUUUGCCGUAGGCAUAAGUCUAAAACAAGAAAUAAAUAUUCAAGGCUUCCUUUCAAGGUCCAAGAUAAUCGUGGUAACAAAUGUAUCCAAAAAUAUCCUUCAAAUUAAUUACGGGUAUUUGGAAAAUGUCAAAACCCCUUUACAGAGUCUGGUGGUAAAUUGGUGUCGAUAAACUUUGAUUAUAUUUUAAAAACCAAACUGUUGGAAAAUAAACUAGGUACCGUACAGAAUUAUAUAUACCCUAUACAGUCAGCAACCAAUUAGGCUGAAGCCACAGGACGAACAGCAAAAAGCAAAUGACUUCCGGAUGCCAUGAGAAAACUUUUCCCUGAGCGAACUUUUAGGCAGGGGGAGGAAUAUCUGGCGGGUGGGGGAACUCCAGGAACAGGAACAACACUUAAUCAAUAAAAAGUCGAGCGGAGAACAGAGCACGCAGCACAAAAACAACACACCAAUACAAAGGACUCAGCGGCUAACAGGAGCCAUGAAAGGUAUAAAAAGAGAAACGGAAAGCAACAAAACAAAAAGCUAGCCAAUUGUGGAUUGAAAUAAUAAGUACCCAUUCCCAAUGUAUUAUUAACUUUAUAUGUAAGAUGGGGUAUCUCAUUUUCAGCUUUUGCUUUAAGCAACAAAAAUAUAUUAUUAAAUGUUCGGUUUUUUUAACGAACCCGUUGAAAAACUAAUAUGCCCGCCAACUUCUAGCAAUGCCCAAAUAAGUGAGAACUCAGUCUGCGGGUUUUUAUUUGUGGGCAGCUUUACGUUCUCGCUGUGUUUGUUUUAUUUUUCUGCUUCAGAAGCAUUUUCGAUUUCAUUUUCACUUGCUGUUAAUUGGUCGAGCCGUGAGGACAUAAAGCGUAUUGCCACACAUGAAAUAUAUACAAUGCAAUAAAUAUUUGAUUAAUAUACAACAUAAACUAUAGCCGGAGCGUCCGUUGAAAGUCCGUCCCACACGGCGUAUACGCAACAAGUGACGAACAGGAGCUUUUCGCAGUGCUGCGAUGUCUCUUGGCUGUAAAAUUUCAUAAGUUGAACAAAGUUAAUGAAAAAUGCUCGCCCAGCGAACGAUGAGCGAUCUGACAUCGACCACAUCGCCUUGUCAGCAGUCGCGUCGGCGGAAAAGCGGAAAAGCUCUCCAAGUGCCAGUUGAUUUCUUGUCGCGUCGCAGGCAAAACGUUUUCACAUUUCGUAUGGUUUUCAUAUACCCUGCGGGUCACCGAAAAGAGCGUGUGUAUAUUGGAAAAGCAUUAAUGGCCGAUAAGGUCCAUCAAUCGCUCUAUUUAUUGAACGAUGGAUGACUCAUAAAUAAGUGUCGCGCUUUAGGCAUUUGAACGAGAUAUUAAACUAAUUAGAAUAUUACGCAUACGCCCCGAGCAAAUACAAAUAAAAAUUCGUUACAAAACAACAAAGGUGUCACUGUGUCCUGUGUACGCUCGGGUUUUCGCUUCUGGCCACUUGAAACCAGUCGAAACUGGUUGGUCAGUGGGCCAAGAGCCACAAAUGUGGGCCAAAUGAAAAUGCAAAAGAAAUGUCAUAUAUGUGCAUAGGAUAUAUAUCUUGAUAAGUGCCCAUUUGAAGCAAAAAUAACUACGAGUAAAGUGUUCGUCGGUCAAGUGACAAAAACACUGCAAAUACCUGAGUGAAAUUGAAACGCGGAAAACAAAAAAGCUCACACCAUUUUAGAUACAGUUGCUAAAGCAAGGAAAUAUGGAAUGCUAAAUAAUAAAUUUAAAACGCUUUUGAUCUAAUUUACCAUUUCAGCUUGUAGCUUGUUUAGCUCCACAUAAACGGGCUGAUGUAUCUAUAUGUAUGUAUGGCUAUACGCAGAUCCUGCACGAUUCGCUAUCAUUCACGAAAUAGUUCAGCAGAAAUAUAUGCACACAAACACAAUGCAGCUGUAGGGUUAAAUUGUAGCCAAGGUCAAGGGCCGUAAAUCCCAUGACCUAGUACAAAAAAAAACACACAGCACGCGCAAUUCCCCCCCAAAUGAAAAUCUAAUUUUAUAAAUUUCGUGGCUCUAUCUCUUGCUCGGUUUGUAUUUUGGCAAAUGCACAAAACGCAAAAUUUGUGUGUCAUUAGUUGUUUAUUUCUGGCCAGAAAAUUCCGCACAAUUUUCUCCUCGGCUGGGUUAUUACCUCUCACACUUGUCUCGCCUUUAUGAUUCAAUGUGAUAUGUGGCCCCACUUAAUGAUGGACAUUAUUGCUGUGGCUCGUAAAGCGAAUUAAUUAUACUCGUAGUUGGCCCAGCCACUUGAGAGUGGUGUAAAAAUGUUUACGAUCGAAUUCCUUGUGGCUCUGCGUUUGAUUUUCGCGUGAGUUGAUGGCCUACGCGAUUGACUUAGUUAAUGGAUUUAGCUGGGCUAUCAUCAUCAUCGGGUACCAAAUGUGUGCAAAAGGAAUAAUGCUCAAGUAAUACCCUUUGGCAGCUUAAGUAGAGGCACCACGGGGCGUAUGAGCAAUAUAAUGAUAAUAUAAUAAGUUUAUUCGCCUUGAACUUUAUGGUCUAAUCAUUUGGUGACUGUAUAAAGAUGAACUGAAAUGCAAUAUGGCAUAUAUUACAUUGAGUUGAAUAAAUUAUGACUUCUUUAGCUCGUAAUUAUAUUUGAAGCUUUAGUUUGAGUUUUUGAAGUAAUGCCAGCUGUCAAAGAUUUCAAUUAAUUGAAAAGAGUAUUAUUGGAAAAGUUAUAUUUCACCUAAUUCUGCUUUGCUGACUGUUACAAAAUUUCCGUUAAGCUUUUCCUUUUUAAUGCUUCAUUUAAGCCAGCAGGCUGUUUAUAAAUUACCAACCCAUUGUUGGCUAAGCACUUUUCAAUUUGCGCCCGCCCACGCGUCCUGCCACGCCCCUUCGUUGUUUCAGCGAAAAGCUGUCCAAAUUUAUCGCACCAGGGCGAUCAAUAAGCGACCAUAAAACUAAUUACGCCGUGUCUUGAACUAAUUAAACUCGCACAAACACACAGUAGUAAUUGCAGAGCAUUUCGAUUUUUUUUCGCCUUUUUUCCCCUUUUAUAUUUUUGUACUUUUUGCGCUUCUUACGUGUCGUAGGGAAACUUGAGCUCGAGUUCGCGUAUCCUGCAAGUAAACUCGGUUCGGUUGGGCUAAGUAAUUUUGAGCCGGAAACUGGCAAUUUCCGCUUGCCGUUGCCACACUCGCGUCCACUUACACACACACUUGUGUGUGCUCACUUAGCCCCAAAAAGGACUUGCUGCCUUUUCGUUGGCCAAAUAUAUGUACAAGUCAACGAACUCGACGGGCUAAGUGUGAAUUCGCGUGUGCGGGUCGAGUUAGAAAGCCAAGACUAUGGCGAGAAAAAAAUUGUUCAAAGAUGAAUAUCACCAUAACUCACGACAUAAUUAUAAUUAUAGAAAGAGAAAACUAUUGCUUGUUAUUAAGAUAAAUAAUAUAGUCUGUCGACAAAUACACUUCAAUAACGAGCGCGCAAAGCCAAUAUAAAUAAUUAACUGUCUCUUCGUUCUGACUGUGUGGCCUUGCCAAAUGCAAACAAAUUGCGGGUCUUCUAAAACAGAAAUUAAAUUUAAUACCGCCCCAAAUAGGAGGGCAAACAAAAAGGCACUCGGCGAAAGCAAUUCAAAUGAAAACCCCGCAACGACAAAUCAGAUAACAAAGCGGGCAGGCACACGCACACAGAUAAACACAACCCAUCCCGAGCGGUCAGCAAUUAGGAGAACCCACCAGCAGCAGCACCACCAACAACCCACCAUCCACCGUACACCAACCAACAACCAACAACCACCACCCACCACCCACCGACAUCAACAAGUUCACCCCACCAGACGCAUUUGAGCCACCGAACUCACGAUGAAUUUAAUGUUUCGCAAGAAUUUUCGCGAGGGGGCCAGCAAAACGGGCGGCGGCGGCGGUAAGCUGCAGUCGAAGGCCAACAGGACGAAGCGCUCCCGGGACAUGGGACUCGUCCAGCAGCCGGAGGAGAUCCACUACAGGACCCACCUCUUCUUCUCGCCCAACCGACCUGGCUACGAUGUGGGCGAAGAACGAUGUAGCGCCCUGUCAGGCAUCCCGAGCACCCCGCUCUCGAGCACCGCCCCCUCGCUGGCCCUGCCCGGCAACCUGCCCUACGAGCUGGACAUUCCGCAGCCGCUGGUCGACCGGCGGCCGUCCGUCUCCCUGAUGCGCUGGAGCAGCAGCGGACCGGUGAACUUUGGUGGCGGCGCCAACUCGGGAGUCACACGAGCGGAACCUAUCUCAUUGGCCACCCUGGAUCGCGACUGCUUCAUCAUUCCCGUACACAGUGUGGACCGAUUCCUGCCAGCUGGCAUUCCUCUGCCCGCCUUAAGUGCCGAUGGUAAGGCCACAAGCCCUCUUAGUGUCCUGGAAGUCUCCGAUCCGAAGCUGUGCAUCCUGGUGCACUUGAUGAGUCCUCUGGAGGCCAUCGAUCCGGUGAUGGAGUCGCCACUCGCGCAUCCGCUGCUCAAGCAGCGCUCCAUUGCCGCCGAAUUGGUGACCGAAGUGCAGCAGGCCAACACGGCAGUGGGCGGAAUGCUGCUGGCCAACAUGGAGAAGAGUUCCGAAUUCCCCUUCAUCUCGUACUACCUGAUCAACACGCUGCAGACGGAUCCUUCCAGCUUCUAUGCUGGCCUGCGCGUCUCCUCGCUGUCCAAGUUCGAGCCAAAGGCUCUCAAAUACACUGCCGCCCACACACUGGACCUGUACAGCGAGGUGGCGGCCAUUUGCCGCCCGCCGCUGGUUUUGCCCUCCAACGAGGUGGGCAGCUUCAAGAAAUCGCAGACCGCGGCCACCGGCUACAUUAUUAGCGUGUUCAAGGUUUUCGAGGGCGACGAUGGCGAACGAUUCGAAAAGAACUGGCUCUACUGGACUGGAGCCCGGAUGUUGUACAGGUACCUGCCACGUGCCGCGGGCCUGAGGCGCAUCGCCCUGCACAAGAGCACCUCGCAGAAGGGCGACAAGAUGUAUCUGCUGGUGUGCGAGUGCGCCGAGCUGCUGAAGGACAUCUCGCUGGCCGCCUUCCUGAUUCCGGCGCUGCGGGCGCGGCUGUGCGGCUACACCGGACUCUAUCGACCAAUACAGGCCUUUUAGUCUAGAGCGCCGGAGCCACGUAUUUUUCUAUCUGUAUCUGUACAUAGCGGAUCUGGAGCUAAGCCAUAGCUAAUGCGAAACAAGCACUGCAAUGUGAAGGAAACUGCACCUGUUACGUGAUUCUAAUUCGAUAUUAACUAGGCCUAUACAAAUUUUUCAACUUUCUCUACUAAGAGUCGGCAUUAUCAGCGCUGCUAGGGAACCCGCGAUUAGGCAUCUUACUUAAGUAGUAGACAAUAUACUCAAGGCAACUUCAUAUCGUGUGCUAGGUUUUUCUAUAAAUCAUAUAGAGGCAAGCCCAAUUAAUAGGACCAUAUCUAGUGUGAGUUGGUAGCGAAGAACUUCCAUUUUAGCCCCAACAAAUAGAGAUUCAGUGGGAACUAUAUAUAUGUAUACCGAUAUAUCCUAGUAGUAAAUCACCUAUUUGAACGCUGAAUUUUGCGCUGAAAUGUAGGCUAUGAAAUCUGCAAACCAAGAGUCAAUUCUUAGCAUUAAAAAACCUAAAAGAUUGUCGAGCUGGGGAAUGAAUGCAAUUGAAAGGGUUUCAUCAAAGGGAUGGGGGAUGUAGCUAACUUUGCCCAAAUCUAACACAAAUCUGCCAAAGAUAUAAGCAAAUCUAAACAUAAUUUGAGUCAAACAAUUGUUUAAAAUUGCAAAUUUUAUAUAUCUAAGCAAAUGAUUAAGCCAAAUAAGAUUUUCAAUCAAAACAUUGACUAAUUAUUGCUUGGCUGCAGCUUGCCACUUACACUUUAGGACUUAAACCGUACAUAAAAGCAUACAUUUAUGACAAUUGUAAAUAGUCUUUGCUCCGAAUACACAAAUAUUUGAGAAUUAUAUAAUUUUGCACAAUAACAACAGAAUCAAAAAGUGCUGUGAUAAUUAAACUAAAGCCGAGCAGAGCCGCAAAUGCAAAGAACAUAAUGAAACCCAUGAAUAGGGAUAGUCCCAGCCAUAGAACCUAAUUUGACCCAGUCAAAGACAAUAUCAUUUAGCUAACAUUGAAUAUUCACUGUGGUUUUUUUUUUCCAAAACAAAUCCAAUUAUUUAGAUAACCAAAAAACAGAUAACUCUCAAUGCUUAUGCUAAGCCUAAAGCCUAAGAAUAUAUUAAUUACCAAAUGUUCGAAAUUUUUUGUCACAUCUUGAGCUGCAAGCUUGGAGCGCGUUUAGCAUUAAUAAUAAAGCGUAACACUGAAAUACACUAAA